GAGUAUACACAUCAGUAAGUAUGUAGUACACACAUAUGUAUUUAAAUCCUCUCAAAUACAUAACGGCUCCAGCGUCUAUUUUCUGCUGAAUUGAUUGAAUUUUUAGUAGUGUUUGCCAGUGCUUGCUCAGUUAAAUGCUUGAAAUCACAGAUAUUAUAAGGCAUUGGUAUUAUUAUAUUACGUAAUAUUAUAUUACAGAUACCACGGGACAAAAAAUUCUAAUUAAGAAUUUACAUACAUCCAAUGUAAUGUAGUAUGUCAUAACAAGAAAAAUGAUUUAUGGCCAACAUUUUGUUUCUGUCGGUUUAUUGGCAUGGUGCAUACUCGUCUUUAUGAACGAAUUCUUUACUCUGUUCAUUAAGAAAUUAUAUUGCGAUUAUAAUUAUGGCUCAAGCGAAACUUAACUCACAAGACAGAGCAGGCAGUACGCUUAAGGAUAAGGAGACAGAGUCUGACGAAAAGGAAGGCUCAACGAUAAUACCAGAAUGUGCAGACUGCCUUCGGCCAUGCUUAUAUCCAACAAAAUUACCUUGCAAUCAUGUUUUUUGUUACCUAUGUGUCAAAGGUGUUGCAAAUCAAAG